AUGCCUCAGUUACUGCAGAACAUUGGUGGGAUCAUCGAGGCCUUUGGGCGCUACGCCAGAACAGAGGGAAACUGCACAGUGCUCACCCGAGGGGAGCUGAAAAGACUUCUGGAGCAGGAGUUUGCUGAUGUCAUCGUGAAACCCCAUGAUCCAGCCACUGUGGAUGAAGUCCUGCGCCUGCUUGAUGAAGACCACACAGGGACUGUGGAAUUCAAGGAAUUCCUUGUCUUAGUGUUUAAAGUUGCCCAGGCCUGUUUCAACACACUGAGUGAGAGCCCAGAGGGAGCUUGUGGAUCUCAAGAGUCUGGAAGCAGCCAUCCUGGGGCCUCACAAGAGCUAGGAAAAGGUCAGAGGAGUAGCACUGGAGUGGGAAGGGCAGGGAAAGGGCAGCAUCAUGCAGGAAGCCAUUAUGAACAGAGUGAGCAGACUUCCAGGGGCCUGAGCAGGACUGGGACUCAGACACAGGCUAGGGAUGUCAGCCCUACACACACCAGUAGCCAUGACAGGCAGACUGAGUCCCAGAGACAGGAGAGAACAAGCCAGCAGACACAGGCAAGGGGUCAGGCGGAGCAGCCCCAGAGAGUAGAAGCCAAGAGUCAUCAAACCAGAGAAAGGAAGUCAGAGAAACCCUCACAGAGCACAGAAUGGAAUAGAGCCCACGAGACAAGCAAGGACCUGACAGAAAGUCAUGUUCAGACCCAGGAAGGGUCACACACCCAGACUGCAGAACAGGAUGGGCACCAUCAGACAGGAAGCACGAGCAUCCAGACACAGGAGUCCACAUAUGGCCAGACCCACAGUCAAGACAGGAGCCAGGCCAGCCAGGCUGUGACAGGAGGACACAUUCAGACCCAGGUAGGGCCACACACCCAGACCACAGAGCAGGACAGGCACCAUCAGACAGGAAGUACAGACACUCAGACACAGGAGUCCACAUAUGGCCAGACCCACAGUCAAGACAGGAGCCAGGCCAGCCAAGACCUGAGAGGAGGACACAUGCAGACCCAGGCAGGGUCACACACCCAGACUGUGGAGCAGGGCAAAAGCCAGAUUACAAGCAACAUGGGAGCUAGAGAACAGGGACAGACCCAGCAGUCAGGGAAUGGUCAGAGAUGGUCUCAAGUGAGCAACUAUGAGGCAGGAGGGACGGUGCUGGGAGGACAGGGACAGACCGAGGCGAGCGCUGGAACAGGAAGGCAGGACUGGAGCAGCACUCAGCCUAGAUGCAGUGUGACAGGAGGGCAGGGGAAAAGGGAGCCAAUUGUGGUCAGCCAGGAGUGGGUUGAUGACAACACAAGGGAGACAGUGAUCCAAAGGCAGAGCCAGGGCAGCCUGCACACCAGCAUUCCCACAGCUCAAGGCCAGGAGGCAACCCAGACGGAAGAGAAGCGAGGCAUCACAGUUAGGGGGCUGUAUUCCUACUUCAAAAGCAACAAGCCCUGA